CGAUCAGUCUGUCGCUUUGCUAUUUCACUACCAGGACGUCGCAAUAUCCAGCAAACGUGGAUUUGCAAUCCGUUUUGAACUAUUUUUGAUUUACAUACUUUCUCAGAAAUUAAAAGAGUUACAAUUCUAGCUUGCGAAUUCAAGAUGGCGACCUCCGACAGUCACAAGCAACGCUUGUUUGACGAUAGUGACGAUGAAUCCGAUGGAGGAGUUAAGCUACAAAUCAAUGCCGAAUACGCUAAAAGAUUCGAGCAUAACAAGAAACGCGAGGAAAUGCAUAGGUUGGAGGAAAAAUACAAGUCAAAGCAGACGAACGGAGACAAGCCAAACACAGGCGAUGAUGGUGACGAUGAUUCCUCAUCGGACGAAACAGAAGAUGAAAACGGAUUCCUAGCUACCGAAGACCUUGACGCCGAGAUAUCUGCCACCCUUCAAGCGAUUAAGAAUAAAGACCCCCGCGUCUACGAUAGCAAGGUUACGUUCUAUAAGCCGAUUGACGAAAGUGCACCCCCAGAAGAUACUUCGGCGAAAGAAAAGAAAGAGAAGCCUAUCUUCCUGAAAGACUACCACAGAGAAAAGAUCCUUCGUGGAGAUACCGGAGCCGAUUUUGAUAAUGAGAAAGAGCCGCCGCGAACAUACGCUCAAGAACAAGAUGAUUUAAAACAGACUAUCAAGGAUGAGAUCAAAGCGCAACUCGAAGCGGAUGACGGUGCCGAAAGUAGUGAUAGCGAUGGAGACUUUAUGAAGGCCAAAGAGGAGACUAGGACCGCUCCCGAAAAUGGUAUCCACCCGUCUAGAGUUGGGAAAGUCAAGGUUCCGAAGCCGGAUAUCACAGAGGCAGACAAAGAUCCGGAGCUAUUUCUCUCAAAUUUCAUGGCCUCCCGCGCUUGGGUAGAAGAGGAUGCGAACGGUUGGCAAGCAUUCGAGUCUGACGAGGGUGAAGACGAAAAGGCAGACGAAUGGGAAGCUGCAUAUAAUCUGCGCUUCGAGGACCCGAACAAGAGCAAUGAGGUUCUAAAAUCAUACUCCCGUAAUGUUGUCGCAGCGCGCUCAGUCAGACGAGAGGACAAAACUGCACGUAAGAAGCAACGUGAGAUGGAGCGCGAGAAGAAGGAAGACGAGAAGCAGAAGAGGAAAGAAGAACGGGCACGUUUACGACGGUUAAAGCUUGACGAGGCCGAGAGCAAGCUGAAGAAAAUCAAGAAAGCCGCCGGCCUUUCUGGCAAGACUCUAAAAGAAGAGGAAUGGCAAAAACUGCUUGAAGACUCCUGGGAAAACGAUAAGUGGGAAGAGCAUUUACGGAAGACCUUCGAUGAGCAGUACUAUGCUGCAGCUGAGGAGGAGGUAUCUGAUGAUGAAGACGGUGCCGAUGUCAAAAAAUCGAAGAUUAAGAAACCCAAGUGGGAUGACGACAUCGAUAUCAAGGACAUAAUCCCCGAUUUCGAAGACGAGGAACAUCCUAAUAUUACUCUUACCGAUGAGGAGCAUGACGAGGAUAAUGAAGAUGAGGAUGCCCCCGCGGCCAAGCGGCAAAAAUCCACCAAGGAGCGCAAGCGGGAAAAACUCGCAAGCCAGAAGGAAGUGCGACAAGAGCGAGCAAAGCUCGAAGCCUUUAUCGACGCGAAAAUGAAUAUCGACGACCCGGAGAUUCUCGCCGGCAGCUCCUCAUCAUCCUCAAAAAACAAGGUUCCGGCGACCUUCGCCUACCGCGAGACACGGCCCGAGUCCUUCGGCCUGACCACGCGCGACAUCCUCAUGGCCUCCGACGCCGACCUCAACCAGUACGCCGGCUUGAAAAAACUAGCCCACUUCCGCCCCCAAGACAAGCAGGUCAAGGACCGCAAGCGCUUAGGCAAGAAAGCCCGUCUACGGCAGUGGCGCAAGGAGACCUUCGGUCCCGAGUUCGAGAGAGAACCGCCCGCGUAUAAUCCCGGCGGAGCGGGUGCCGCAGAGGAGCCGAAAGCCCAGAACACCGGUACCAGCAAUAUAAUCGAAGGGGGCUCCAAGAAGAAGCGCAAGCGGUCGGGCAGAAGUAAGAAAGCCGCGAAGGGGGAGGAGGUAGCCGCGUAGAGCCAGCCAAUCUUAAUUCAAUCCGAUUCCUAAUUCUGAUCACAUUUCACCAACAACCAAUCCCAAUUCCAAUCGUGCGGGCCUUAUUUCGGUAGAGCAUCUCGGUAGAUAAAAAAAGUCGAUACCCUAUGUAGAUUCUAUGUAUAAGAACGCGUUAAAUCUCA